AACACGUUGUUGUUGUGUUCGUAGAUAGGUUACAAUUUGUAUCGAGGUGUGUAAUUUCAGGCAUUAUUUUGUUGUUAUUAAUUUUAUAAACACGUUUCUGAACUCACCGCCACCCUCCGCCCAUUUGCGGAUCCGUCGAGCACUUCGCCUGCCCCCGCAUGCACAAUGACCACCAACUUCUACACCGCCUUUCCGACGCUCGGCUACACUGCUUAUCCACAAUUUGCAUUUGCUGCCGCAACCACGGCACCCAGUCUUACAUCGGCAACCACAAGCUCAACGACAAUGGCGCCAAUGGCUCCAAACAGUGAAAGCGGUCGUCGAGCAGGUCGGCGUGAACGUACCUCGUUCAACAGAGGACAACUCGAUCAGCUGGAAAAAGUUUUCCGCGAAACACAGUAUCCGGAUGUGCACAGAAGAGAAGCAUUGGCGAAGGCAAUCAAUUUGCCUGAUGGAAGGGUACAAGUAAUUACGGUUUGGUUCAAAAAUCGACGAGCCAAGGAUAGAAACAACAAAAAAAUGGAUGGAGUCCAUCCGGGAAGCACUUCAUCAAGAUCAUCCAAUGGUUCUCCACACAACGAAUCAAAGCCUGAUACUAAAUCACUAGGAAUUCACAUACCAGGCACACCGGAAUUCAAUGCACACAGUGCUGCCAAAUAUGAGGCAAACUCAGCAGUCUUGAGUCAACUGCAACAGCAGCAACAGCAGCAAUUGCAACAGCCAAAAAGUGAACUGGAGGACUCGAAACCACUUGCAGAUACCAAAUACGAUUCCACUCAAUCACUUCUUCCUCAGGCUCAAGCUGCAGCAUAUGCAUCCUACGCAACUACUGCUCCUUACCCGUACAACUACAACAGCUACUUCCCAUCAAACUUUUACUACCAACAAUAUGGAAGCAACGAUUACACCCCAAAUAUUACUGCCUACUCUCCACUUUAAGUUUUGAAUAUUCCCUUUUGAUUUUUAAUUCAAAUUCCUAUCAACUUGGGUACCACACUAUAACUUCUCUCAUCUUCUUGUCAUAAUUUUCUUGAAUUUCUCCAAGUAUCACUUGAUCUCAGAAAAAUCUUACAAUGCAUAUGAUAUUUUGUUUUUUUUUCUGUUGUACCACUGAAAUACUUUGUCAGUUUAAAGUUUUGUAUGAGUAAUGAAUUUUGGAUAGAAUUG